AUGGCUGUUGGAAACCCAGUGAAAAUAAAUGCCCAGCACCUCAGACGCGUUGGUAAAGGCUCAAUGUUACCAAAAACACUGAGUCAACAUCAUACAAAUAGGCUGCAGUCGGACGUCAAGGCUUCAGCUCAGCGUCGGGUGGCCAUGCAUGCAGCUCAAGCUAUUGCCAGAAAGCAGGUGCAGGCUUUGAACCAGCAUCAAGUGACCACGCAUGCAGCUCAAGUUAUCGCCAAAAAGCAGGCGGAGGCCACUCGGGCUCACCAGAGGCAGGCCCAGAACCACCACCACGCCACGGCCCAUCACCAUAAUGCUGGGGGACAUCAUGCCGCUGGGGGACACCAUGCGAUUGGGAAGCACCGCUGA